CGUCUAGUUUAGUCUAGUCAAAAUGGCGAACCUCAUGUAGGGGUCGAGUACGAUUACUUGUCACGUUUUCAUAAUUUUCACAGGGUUUAUUUUCUAGCUUGUUAGCUCGCCUGUGAGCCAUGUUCACAAACAUAGGUCUGCGCACCGUCCUGAAAUCCUCCGCUGGAGUUUUGCGAGAGCUGUGCUCUGCUGCGCCAGUGAAACCGUGGACAUGCAGCUCGGUUUUAUUAUCAGGACCGAGAGUCAGCUGCGCUGCAGGAAGCUUUGCUGUUCCGCCACCAGUGAGACAUUAUGCUCGGGCUGCAAAGAAAAGGAACACAGGCUUUCAGAGCCAGCUCAGUGAUCUCCCUCCAACGAUGCUGAAGAAUGAGUAUUCAGACAUACCCCUCGUUCAAACAACUGAUGAUGUUGUCAAAAGACUUCUUUCUUUGGAAUUAGCACGUCAUAGUGACAAGCUACGACUGAAAAAGGAACAGCUAAUUGCUAAAGUCCAGAGGGAUGAGAAUGACCGCAACUCAGAGGAAGUCCGGGUGGCUAUUUUGACAGCAAGAAUCCGAAACUACCAGGAGCACUUACAAACACAUCCCAAGGACAAAGCUAAUAAGAGGCGGAUGCUCAUGGCCAUUGACCGAAGGAAAAAGCUUUUGAAACACCUUCGGUUGGUUCGCUAUGAUGCCUUUGUGAAAGUGUGCAAGCAGCUGGGCAUCACUUACACCUUCCCCCCAGAAUACUAUAGACGGGUUACUCGUCGCUGGCUGGCCAAGAAGGCCUUCUGCAUUAAGGUCUACAAAGAAGUGCAAAAGCAGAAAGCAGAGCAGAGACUACUGAUGAAGGAACGUUUAGCUUCUGCAACGACAGAUGCAGCCAAGACCCAAUAAAAGACUUGUUGUACGUCAUUUUUGCUUUUACACCUUUAGAUGUGGUAAUAAGGCAUGUGAAUAACCAGUUCAUUUUCAUGUGUUACCAUCAUAAUAUAUUAUUUGCUUUUGCUUUCAGGUUGAUGUGGGAAUUAUCUGAAAAUGUGUCAGAAUUAAAUGGAAAUAAAGUGACCUAAAAAGUAGUA